GCAACGAAUACCAGAGCGUCAAACGCUACACGGCAAUCUCCUCGAAGUCGUAGACGUAAACUACUUUCGUUUCCUGAUAUGUGACCUUUGCCUCUGUUGUAAUCCUUGUAUACGUUUAUGAUUACGUAUUUAAGGUCGUUUGUGCAACCUGGAAACCGAAAGUAUGUAGCGCGCGCCAAACUUUCGCUUUCGGUUCCCAAAGACCUCGUGCAGUGCUGUACUUUACACGUGCCCCGGGCCUCUCUCAUUACUUUUUUAGUGGUCAACUUAAACUUGAGUUACAAUACGGAUUUGCCAGGGGGUCGAUUGGUUGGACCAAGCCCGUGUGCUGAGUGUGAUGAAGAUGCAGGAAGGGCCCAGGACGCACUUGAAAGAGUGGCUCUUAGCCCAGGUGGAGAGCGGCGCCUAUGAGGGUCUUUGUUGGGAGGACAGGGACAAAACCAUGUUCAGGAUUCCUUGGAAGCACGCAUCCAAGAAGGACUACAAGCAGACGGACGAUGCUGCACUUUUCAAGGCCUGGACCUUGCACAAGGGGAAACACAGGGAGGGACGAGACAAGGACAACCCCACUUUGUGGAAGACUCGUUUGCGCUGUGCACUGAACAAGAGCACAGAUUUCCAAGUUGUCCAUGAGCUGAGCCAACUGGACAGCUCCGAGCCUUAUAAAGUUUAUCGCAUCCAGCGAGGCGACGCAAAGGCUUGCCGAGCUGAGUCUACGCCGACAAAGAACCACCUGAUCAGCCAAGUUAAGACAUCGCCAAGGAGCCCCGAUUUCCAAGACAAACAGGAAUCAUUUCAAGCUUACGACGAAGAGCCAGAAGAAGUCCAAAGACAACCCCGUGAUUUAAUGAUGAAACAAAAGUAUUCUGAGCUGACAGAGAAAACGAGUCACUCUCAGCACUCUGCUUUAAUGGCUUGCACCGCUCUAAAUACCAUAUCAGAUUUUCGAAUGCAGGUGACACUGUUGUAUCAGGGCCAAAGCGUGGCGAAGUGUACCACCAAGAGUCCCGAUGGGUGCUUCAUCCUGCAGGGUCGUGUCCCUUUAGGAAGCGAGCGUAUAUACGGGCGUUGCACCACGGAACGGCUCAACUUCCCUUCCCCAAAUCGCAAACACAUGCCGUCAUGCACGGUGGACGCAAUAACCCGACUUCUCUGCCAUCUGGAAAGCGGUGUACUCUUAUGGGCUGCUCCUGAUGGGGUGUUCAUCAAGCGAUUCUGCCAGGGCAGAGUGUACUGGAGUGGCCCCCUGGCACCCCACACUGACAAGCCAAACAAACUGGAACGGGAGAAGACCUUCAAAUUGCUGGACACGUCAACAUUUCUUAAUGAUCUUCAGAGCUGUUUACAAGGAAAGGGAGCACCACCCAAUUGUACAAUUGAACUCUGCUUUGGGGAGGAGUACCCAGACCCAACAAUCCCUAAAACCAAGAAGCUUGUCAUGGUACAGGUGGUACCCGCGUUUGCAGUGGAACUGCUGCAAAAGCUCCGCUUGGAGGAGAUGAAGGAAAAGCCAGACAGUUCUGUCACUAGUCAAGUGAAAGAAGCACAGAGAAGCCUGUCAACUUAUUGCUUUCAUAUUCAACCAGUGUUGAAAAUGAUGUGGAGAAACCUUUUCGUUAUGCAUAUUCCAAAUGCAACCGCAGAAAGGGAAAUUAUGAUGAUAAACACAACAGGAAAUCAGAAACUCCUCACUUCAAAGUCCAAAUGUGUGAGAUAAAUUAAGCGUUUGCAUGAGGUGACUCACCUUCCUAGCAGAAACCCUCUGCAUGUUCAUCACUGUGUCCGUCGCGUGUCAUCAAAACCCGAACAAGUAGAGGGCACUGCAUUGUGUUUGACUGCCAGUUCCGGCUGUACUUCAUUGCCUUUCGCUCAAACGACAUAUUUUUGAAAGCUAACAAAAGUUUUGAAACAGUUGUUUUUGCAGAUUUGAGGAUAUGCUUGGAAUAAAUCACAAGUGCUGAUGAAA